AUGGAAUUUGGCAGGCACCACCAAAAAGGGAGGUGGGAGGCGAGAAUUGGAGUUUUUGGCGACAAGUAUCGCUAUCUGGGAACCUUCAGCACACAGGAGGAUGCAGCCCGAGCUUACGACCGCGCGGCGAUCCAGUUCAGAGGCCCCAACGCAGUCACCAACUUCGACAUCAGCAACUACAUGAACUGCCAGAAGGUACCUGCCACAGCCACGAACACUCCGGAAGCUCCUCCUCCGGAGGUGAACCAAGAUUACUACGACUCUGAGGAAGCAAACGCCGCUGCAAUUUUGAUGAGUCUGCGAACUGCGAUGGCUGUCGGAAAAAUUGGGUGA